AUAAAACUGGUCAGCAAAUAUUAUUCAUCUUUCAGUUCACUUGCGUAAAGGACGCUUCGUCCACUUUGCCAUCACUGCUUCUUCCCUUGCAGCGAGAGCUGUGCGUCAUCAAGUGCUCUUUGUUCUUUUGUAAUCCGUGGGGAAGUCGUGAGCAUUGCCAGAGCGCAAAAGCUACUCGGAUCUGUUACUGCUCACAACUUUCAAAGUGAUCUCCAGACAAUUUUUUUUACAAUAUGAAGAAGCUUUUGUUAAUACCUGGAUCCUCCAUCCUCACCCUGUUCAUUCUAGUUGUUAGUGCAGAGCCCCCAGUUCACUCUCCGUAUGGGGAAAUAUUGCUAAGAAGGCGUCAAGAAACUCAGUCACCAGACUCAAAGAUAGUUGACCAAAGCCUCCUGGACAGAGUUGCGGAUAUAAUUAGUGCAGAUGGUGAUGGAUCUGAGGAUGGCACUCAGGAGAAUGAGGGACUCAGCAUAGUCGAUAGUGAACUUUUUGCAAGAAUUGCUAGAAUCAUUAGUCAAAAUGAGGGACAAACCUCACCUCCGGCGCCAGUCCGAGAUGGUCCCGCGAUCACUCCAGAAUACGGAGUACCGCUCGAAGUGGGGUCGAAAUUAUUGGGUGGAAACUUCGAAAUUGGGAAACCAGAGCCGGCCAGAAGAAUCGCCUACUUUCAGCUGACUAAUAAGAACGAGGUCAAUGGAACUCAAGACUUCGCCAGGAACGCCUACCCUUCGGCCCUGCCAAGCAGAGACGGCAGCAGUCAGGGGAACAGACGCGUCAUGUUGCUCAAUAACCCCCAAAUGUCGGAGAGGAUUGCUGCCUUUGAAAUCCCAGAAACCACCGCCCCACAAGUAAAUCGACAAGGCUACUAAGUUUUAAUCAACAAAUUUGCCUUAAUUAAUUAGCAUGUUAGAAAUAUUUUGCAAUAUUAUUGUAAGAGGGGUUUACGUAAGUAUGUUACUUGAAGUUGCAUUUAACGAGAAUUGCGCGAGUAUUAUCUUUGCGUCUUUACGUCGUAUGUUAUGAAUAUUAUUUCACUAGUUACAUAAUAUAGUAGAUAUAUCGUCAGUUCAGCUAAAUUAAUUGAUUGGUCUGCAUUGUGAGCAGUCUGACUCUCCUGCGAGCGAGAAUAAGCCUGUGUAACUAAUUACUUUAUUUGGCGUGGAAAUUAAUAUUGAUAAAUCAAGUGUGGUUAUUUGACGUUAAACUUUGUACACUUGUGACGAAAAAUCAAAGUACAACAUAAUAAAACAAAAUAAACUAGAAUAGCAAUAAAAAUUACAACUUAACCUUA